AGUUUCAACCAACAGACGAGUAAAAUGAUGAUAUCAGGUUCGAGAAAGAAUAUUUUAGUUAUCACUGUGUAUUUUUUUACAUUGGAAAUCGUUACGUGUGGUUUAAUAGGCAGAAAUGAUCAUGGAAAAAACGAGGAACCGAUAACAUUGAUUGAGUACGAGAACAAUUUGAGACAAGACGGAUACGAUUUUAACAUUGAAACCAGUGACGGUUUUUCCAAAAAUGAAAACGCUACUGUUGAUAAAACUGGAGAAUUAAAAAUUAAAGGAGACUAUUAUAUAAAUUUUCCAAAUGGUCAAUAUGAAUUUCAUGAAUACGAAGCUGGUGUAAAUGGUGUCAGGUCUAAUGUUGUUUUUGGAAAUCCAGUAAUGAAAAGUAAAAAAAUCAGCAGUGCAGCUAUUGCAAGUCUUGUUGGCGGAGGAUUGGGAUAAUUGUCCAUAUUUUUACUGCAAUCAAACACUAUUUGUCCAAUAAGUAAUAUAAAUAAGUGUACCAAAAAAUGUGUAUAAAAAUAUUGGAAAUGAGGUGACUUUCCUAGAAAUUAUUCAAAAGAAAUACCGUAAAUAAACUGCCUGCUAUAAUGAAAAAUUCUAAAAGGAAACAUAAAAACCACGUCUAUUUAUAUUACACAGAUGAAAGGCGCCGCGCGAAUUCACCGAAUUUUAAACUAGACAAAUAUCGGUUAUAUAGAAACUAUUACUUAAUAAUUAGAUAUAUAUGUUCACAAUAUACUUUUUUAACUAUGUUAUCAUCAUUCUAGAAGACGGACAAAAAUUCAAUUUUUUCAAUUUAAAUACACUUUACAUAGUGUUUUUAUUAUCCUCAAAUCUUCAUAAUGACAAAAAACAAAUAGGUUAGUAAUGCUGGGAUUCUCAGCGGAAAGCUUUGCUUCAAUUUUGAUUUUUUUACCAUCUAUAUUGUUUUCGUCACUGAACAUGAAUUUAAAGUUUAUGGGCAAAAAUUUUGAUCCAAAACUUCAUUUUGUGGUCACUUUUUGACUAAAUUCUAAAACUUUUUCCAGUUUUUGGGCUAUAUUUCAGAACGAAUGCGUUUUUUCGACAAGCUCAUUCUAUAGAAAAUUAAAGUAAACCUUUUUCCUUAUUAUUCCCAACGUUUUUUUAUCAGGGUUCCAUUUACACAUCUAGUAAUAUUCAGUUUUCCUGAAAAUCUUCCUUGCUGUGAUACUAAACAGUUGUUAUAGUUUAUGAGUCCAAUUUCACCUAUAAUUGAAAUCUGCUCCAAGAAGUUUUGAUCUAGUGUUUUAUUUUUUUUUUAAUUGAUUAAAAUCUGUUACGACUGUUACGAUAUCUUCAGAUGCAACGACAAGGUUUGAAGGUGCUUGACAAGAAGGAUACAAUCUACAAGCAACGCAGAUAAACCUCAGCUGAUCGAAUUCUCCAAGGUCUUCCAAUUGGAACUUUAUCAGCUUGAUGCCGUUUCCAUUUACUGUAAAUUGCAAGUCUAGGAAGAAAUUUACUUAAUUUUGGUUUAACAACCAACCAAAUGCUAGUCAAAUCAACUAAUAUAUUGUCAUAUGUACGUCACUUUAUUAUUACCUGGUGAUUUUCGUUGUAUUGUUAAUUUUUAUAUCGAAUGUUGUGACACUAAUUGUUUUUAGAAAUAAAUCCCGGCGAAAAGAACAAG